AUGCCAGACGCAGCAUCGGCAGGAUCAGGGAAUGAGGAAGGUGGAGGCAAGAGAGUCAUAUCCACGACCAAACCCGAGGAGGGAACCAAUCGAUUGAAGCGUUCGAGAGAAGAGAGGUUUGGUACUGAGAGGAGCGAUGACAACCAGGGGGUUCGCGGUCGUGGCAACUCGAGAUAUGCAGCAGUGACCGAGGAAAUUGCUGCUGAAGAGAUGCCUAGACGGGACCCUCCGGAGGAGGAUCCGACUAAUGUGCUCAAGCUGCGAGAAGCCCUUAGUGAACAAGGAAACAGGGAAAUCACAUGGUUUUGGUUGAAUAGGAUCAAAUCAUUGUGCUUUGCAGAGUUUGAAACAGAAGAGGAUGCUGCAGCUGUGAGGUCGGAAUUUUAUGAUGUAUUCUGGCCCGCGAAUUCUCACACACCUGGAAGGUUGCAAAUAUCUUUCACAACCCGCGACGACGCUGAGAAGAUUGUCGAGAAGGAGCCGUCUGGAUCAAUUUCCUCACGAUUGGGCCGCAUUCCAGGUGGAGGUGACCAACGAUCGUUUGGCUCGUCAAACGAAGGACCACCGUCGGGGGGCAGCGGGAGGAUCCAGAGAGGUAGAGGCUUCCCGCCAGAUGCUCCUCCAAAAUCUUCCUUUCCAGGGGUGUCCGCUGCUCCGAAGCGGCUAGAAGAUCUGUUCUAUAAGACCAAAACAAAGCCUGAGAUCUUCUGGAUUCAAAAUCCUGCACCGAUUCGACAACGGAAACUCAUGCAGUUGAAGCAGCCAAGUGGCCCGACUUGGCGGAGGUGAUAAAGGCAAAUGUGAACUGAAGAUUUCAAGCGACAGCGAGAAAUUCUUAGUGGUGAUGAAUCCGGCGCCAGCGUGGCUUUUGUAGGGUGAAAUAGAGUUCUGUCAAAAUGUUCAAAAGCCAGAUUUUGUUUUCUUGUGGAAAGUAAGAUCAAGUAGCAAGCAUGUUUGGGUCCG